AUGAUGAGGUGGUUGAAGCUCUCAUCUUCCAACAAAGCAACAGGCAUACCACUCAGAAUUCACGGUGGUGUGUUGUUCGAAUUGCUUAAUUUAUGGAACGUGUGGGAGAGAGUGAAUAUGCAUACCGCUCAGUCCUUCCUCGAACAUCUCUUGAGUGAGCCACUCAUUCUCAACCAUACCUUGUCAUUUCUCUUUGGAUCUGAGAAUUCUCCAAUUGAGAGUUCUGAUCCAUAUUCAUCUGAUCAUUAUGCAGAAGAAGAUAAAGAAGAUACAACAGAAUUGGCUCUUGAACAACAAGUGGAACCUCAUGACUUGGAACAAGUUCGUGAAAUUCUCAAACUUCGUCUCGUUUGCAAAUCGUGGAAAAAAGUUAUUGAUAGCUCUUACAUGACUCAAAUAGUUGUGCCAUAUUUGAAGACGCGUUUGCAAGAACAGGAACAAAAUGUCAUGGUUGGAACGAAUUUUUUAUGUUUUCGAAUUCCGGUGUCACUUUUGUAUUUGUUUGCUUUUUUCCCGCGGGAUUUCGGAGAUGAAUUUUUGGAAGCUACUUGGGAUACCGAACACAGAGAACUUGGAAAGUUUGUGAAUCGAGUAGGAACCAUCGUUUCAUUGUAUACAUGUGGUGCAACCAUCAUGUUUUUGAAAGGAAAUCCAGUGGUGUUGUCAGUUGUCGUGGCAGGUAUUGUAGUCGAUAAUGCCAUUGGGAAGAUUUUGGAAUACAGAAAUAAGAAAAAACUUGCCAACAAUCAACAAAUACUUUCAGAUAUGGAGCGAAACAUUAAGUAUGAAAAUUCCUUGAUUCGAAAUUGUGAAAUUAUUUCGACAGUGCCUGACCAAAACAAUUCCAAAAACAAACAUUCUUAUCUUACUUGGAGACCUGAAGAAGUCAUUCAACAACGUAAAACAAUCUUCUCUAAAAUGUUGAAUUUACUCGUGAAAGAACAAGAGGUCUAUGACAGCUGUGAAAUUGUGAAAUUCUUUUCUCCCGAAAAUAAGACUGAAGAAAUGUGCGAGAAGGAUGGAACUGUUGGCUAUGAAAAUGACAAGAUGAUUGAGGAAGAAGGUGGAGGAGGUUCCAAACGACCAUGA